AUGGGCAUGGUUCUGGUGUUCUUGGCUUUGAAGGUUUUCCCGGAGUGCUGGCGGCGACCCCGACUUGGUCUCCUCGUGGGCGCCUUCCUGCAGAUCGCCGCCGCCGGCAGCUUCGCUGCCUUGGCCUUCUUUGAGGCCUCGAACGGCUGGGUUUUGUGGGUCCUGGUGGCCUCCAGGCUGCUCCUUGGCCUGGGUGGGGGCCUUCAGGUGAGCCUUGCCUGGAACCUGGCCGCCCGCUUGGUCGGCGAGAGCCGGGAGCUCCACAACUUGCGCCUGUUCGUGGCCGGCUGCUUGGGCUUGGGAGCCGGACCGCUCAUGAGCUCCCUGGCCACGGCCUUGGCGAAGUUGGUGCCCUGUCACCUGGACGGCUUUGAGGGCAUGCUGGCCUUCGUGGCCUUGCUGCCCUGGAUGCAGCUGAGCGUGCUCCUACGCCCGCUCCCCUCCCUGGAGGAGCUUGCAGCCUGCGGGGCCCAGAAGCAGACGUCCCGCGCCCAGGCGGUGGUGGUGUGCCUUUGCCUGGCCAUGCUCGUUCUGCGGAACUUGGCCCUGGCCUCCCUGGAGGUGGGAACGGCAGAGCUUUUCCAGAAGAAGUACCACUUUCCACCGGUGGUGGUCGGCCUUCUCUGCGCCCUCAUCGUCUUCACCGCGCUGCCCGUGCAGCUUUUCUACGAGAGAAUGCAGGGACAAAUAUCCCUGCAUUCCAUGCUUUGGGCAAGUCUCGCUUCUGGCUGUUUCCUGAUGUUUGAAAACUUUUCCGCCCUCUUCGCUGCUUCGAUGUUCUUCUUUCCGAUGAUGGCGCUGAGCAGCGGUAUCGUCAUGGCGAAGAUGCAAGAAUACGUGAUGCCGGAUGGUUCCGUGCUCGACAGGAACACCACGACACUCCUGGGCCUUGUGAUGGCAGAUUUCCUGGGCCGUGGCUUGGGACCCAUCUCGGCACGCUACGGCAUCUACCUGGGUGGGCAAAGGGGUUUCGCAUGGACCCAAGUGGCGUACGCGGCAUUGAGCCUGGUGCUUUUCAUAGGGAGUGAGGUGGCCAGCCAAAGGGCAAGGAAGGGCACCUCGGAGAGCAGUGAUCAGAGCAAGAGUGAGGGGAGUUGCAAGGGAGACUGA